ACAUAAUUAGGCAAUAUGGUAAAUAUUCCAAUAGAUAUUCCGUAUCCCUAUAAUUUAUUUGUAACCAGUCUUAUCUAAUGAUCUCUAUGUGAGCGCCUCUCAGUGUCAGUGGUCAGGGUGGUUAACAGGGCUGCGCAUUGCUAGUAACAGGAAGACUAUGGUACAAACCAGAAAGUUUCCACACACAAACUCAUCUUCCUGUGAGAGUCUUACAUACUCUGCAGCCUCAUCAGCUCCUCUGAGAACUACAAGACAACAUGGCUGCUCCCUGGAGCCCUGUGAUCCUCCUAUUCCUAGCAGCCACAGGUUCACCUGGGACCUUCAGCGACACCCGCUCAACCACUGUAGACCCUGGUUUUCCUAGAAAUGCCAGCACUAAUGACCCUGAAGUUAAGAAAGCAAUGAGGCUAACUGUUUAUGCCUUUAAUAACAUGUCCAAUGAUGUCUAUCUCUCUAAAGAGUUAGAGAUACAGAAAGCCAUGAUACAGGUUGUUAAAGGAAUUAAAUAUAUGUUACUGGCAAAAUUGGCAAGAACAGUUUGUAAAAAGAACACGGAAUAUAUUUUGGAUCAGUGUGAAUUUCAAAAAGAGCCUUUGAAAAAAGUGUUCACAUGCUAUUCCGAGGUAUGGAAGAUCAGCUGGUUGCACUUCGAAAAAGUGUCUGUCCUAGAGUGCAGUCAGGCUCCAGCUAGACCAAGAACUCAAGACCACAGACAGCUGCUUUAGCAACUUCUAGCUGCUGUUUGAAGACCAGCUUGGUUGAAGAAAAAAAACAUAAAUACUAUCUAAAAAAUAUAUGUCUACAUAUCCACAUGAGCUUAGGGUACUUUCACACUUGCGGCAGAGGAUUCCGGCAGGCAGUACCAUCGCCGUAUAUGCCUGCCUGCAUGCAAACUGAUGGCAUUUGUCAGACGGAUCUGGAUCCUGAUCCGUAUGACAAAUGCAUUGAAAUGCCGGAUCCGUCUCUCCGGUGUCAUCGGAGUCAUAAAGACUGAACUGAAGACAUCCUGAUGCAUCCUGAACGGAUUGCCGGCCAUUCAGAAUGCAAAGGGAUAUGCCUGAUCAGUUAUUUUCCGGUAUAGAGCCCCUAGUGAGAAAGUCGCUUUAGAAGAUAUAUGCACAUGAACCUAUACUUUAUGCCAACAGCGUUCCAGCUUUCAAGAAAACUCCUCUUGGGAUGCGGUGGAUUUAUACCUGCAUUUCUCAGUUGGAGAUUUGCUGACAAUGAUACCUAAUAUCACAGACUAUUCAUGUACUUGUCUAUAAUAAAACAAAUACAUGUUUUAUGGUGAUUAAAUACUAAAUGUGUAUUUGAAUAUAAAUGUGUAUUUGAAUAUAAAAAUAUAUAUUUUUUAAAUGUGAGUUUUCCUAUGGCGAACAACUGAAAUUGUGUUGGGACUUUGACGUCUUUAGGCAUCCUUCACACAACAUUUUUGCUUUUUUGUUUUUGAGUUAAAAAAAAGUAUUUAGAAAUGUUUUUUUUUUGGUUUUUUUUGUGUUUUUAUACAUGCGUUUGUGGCAUUUUUGUUUCUAAAGGGGUUGCACAAUCUGGACAUUUAUGGCAGAUCGUGCGAAUAUGCCAUAAAUGCCCAGAUGGGAAUGGGAAAGUAUGUCAGUGAUGUAAAUUUCUCUGUAUAUGUGUAUUAAAAAUCUACUGUAAGAGCAUGCUGUGAUUUAAAAAAAAAAAAAACACCAUGAACCAAAAAUAAAUAU